AUGAGCAUGUCUCUGGAAGUGUUUCAGGAAGAGAACCCCAAUGGAGGCAAUUUGAAUGCCAAUACAGAGAAUAUCGAGGAGGAUUGGCCAGAUAUGGAGAUCGAUCCGUAUGUUGGACUGGUACGUACUAUUGAGAACAUGCAGCUGGUCGAGGUGCCAUUCUAUAAAUUGAAAUGGAAAAGGAUAGCUACAAGUCACGGGAACUUGGACUAUGAUCUAACAAAGGAGUCACUUGCGCAAUUUGAGGACAAUGUGAUUAAUCUAAUCUCCAAUAUCGAAAUACAUCCCGUUGUUAAGGAGAUCAUCUAUCGAAUGCUUUCAUCCUGGGAUAUUGAAGCCUUAACUUCACACGGACUCGAUGCAGCGUUCUUGGAUUUACGGGUAGACGGGAAAACUGUGCAUAAGUACAGAGAGUACAAGGAACUGAUGGAAAUAGUGGAAAUGAAAAUAAGUGACAUUUUCAGUGCCGUCAAUUUUGAUUGCUUGAUGGAUGGUGUGAAGCAGUGUCCCACUUUUAGCCAAUGCACAAAUAUCUUAAGACUACGUGAUGGGCGGGAUAAAUUCAAUUUAUCCACCUUGUCAAUAGCACACAAGUACUAUGUUGUUCGUGAGACACUUUUAUCACAGGAGAGAGGGUAG